AUGGAGUCUACCGAGACUAUAGAUGGAGCUGAUGUUGUUAUUCCAUUGUCUUCAGUUAAGCAAGUCACGGACAGGUAUGCAAACAUUCUGUAUGGGUAUUUCUUGGGUAAACGUCUAGCAUUUCCUGUGGUGGAUUUUUUUGCUAAAAGCAAUUGGGUUAAGUAUGGUUUGUCGAGAUUGAUGAUGAAUGCAAAUGGAUUCUUUUUCUUUAAGUUUAAAACAAACGAAGGGAUGGACAACAUGUUAGAGGACGGGCCAUGGAUGAUAAGAAAUGUUCCGAUAAUUUUGAAGGAGUGGUCGGCCUCUGUCAAGCUAGAGAAAGAGGAUAUUAAAGCUAUUCCAGUUUGGGUAAAGAUGCAUGAUGUGCCGUUAGCGGCAUAUACUGAGGAUGGUAUUAGUUUGGUUGCCUCUAAAAUAGGGGUGCCCAAGAUGUUGGAGUCGUAUACUGCCACGAUGUGUGCUGAGUCUUGGGGCAGAAGCAGUUAUCCUAGGGCACUUAUUGAAGUUCAGGCGGGGGCUGAUUUAAAGAGGAGUGUUACUGUUGCAAUUCCUUCUUUAGAUGGUAAUGGUUACUCAAAGGUGGAGGUUAAAAUUGAAUAUGAUUGGGAACCUUUAAGGUGUUCUUCUUGCUGUGUGUUUGGUCAUGAAGAUAACUCGUGCCCAAAAAGCCAUCAGGUUGUUUUAAAUGGGGAAGCUGGUAAGAUGGGUGAUGAUUUUCAGUCCUUGAGGAGUUCAAACCAGGUUUCAACAUCUAACCCUUUUGUUGUCCUCAAGGACGAUAAUGGAGAUCAGGGAGGUAUCACUGUGGGUCGAGUGGAGAAAAAGGUUACUCAGUCGAAUGGCAAGCAGGAUUCGGAUGAGGAGGAGGUUGUUGAAGUCUAUAAUGAAACUAAUGAGUUUAUGACUUCGGGUACACGUCCUUCAUCUUCAAGAGCCGGGGCAAGCACAUCUUCCACAAAAUUCAGCAAUGGAUAG